CCCAGCCCAGCCCAGCGCCAGUAUCCGGCUCCGACUGCUGCCCGCGGAGAGCUCUCCAUUGUUGUGCCCGUGCCUGACCCACUGUCGUCGCACUACCUCUCCUACUGACUUCUCCCUGCUCUGCGGCGCUGCUCACCACGUUCUAGAUCUGCCCUCCUCCGCACAUGUGCUGAAAUCGCCGCGCCGCCCCUCCUCAUGCUCUGAAGCCGCCCGCGACGCCGCCCGCGGCAUCAUGUCGACCCUCCAAGAGCGCGAGACCCAGCGCUACUACCAGCCAUGGCUGGCCGCCCACGGUUCGAGUCUGAAUGUCGCCAAGCACGUCGAUUCCAUCGCCCAAUUCCACUUGCAGAAACAAGGCUAUCAACCCAAAACCUCGCGUGACAAAGCCAUCACCGCGUUCGCCCAGCUGGUUUCCCUGCGCCUCGACGUGAAGCGAUGCAUGGUAUCGCUGAUUGAUACCACAAAUCAGUACAUCCUCGCCGAGGCCACGCGCUCCUAUUCGGCCGCGAAGAAUGAGGGCAAGGAUGGCGACGAACUCUGGCUGGGGAGCACCAUUCUGUCUCGCCCAGACGCCGUGUGCGAACAUUGUAUGUUCAAUACAUGCUCUGCGCCUGAGGAAGAUGGCCGAAUGUACCACACCAAGGGUCUCAUUGUGCCCGACUGCCGGCUCGAUGAUCGCUUCAAGGACCGCUCAUACGUUGUUUCCGAGCCCGGCGUACGAUUCUACGCCGGCGUGCCACUGUACUCGCGCAACGGGAUUAUGAUUGGAACCAUAGCGGUAUCGGAUGUCGAGCCUCGCGCCGGUCUAACGGCAGAGCAGUUGCGCCUGUUGCAAGAGACUGCCCAAAACGUCAUGGAACAUCUUGAAUGGGCGCGAGACCGCGUGGAUCGCUUCAAGGGAGAUCGCAUUGUGCGAGGCAUGGCCUCUUUCAUCGAAGAUUGCGCUGCGAAUCACGAUGGGCCUGCUCGAGACGCUUCAGCAGAACCAAAAGCAGCAGACUCUGGAGAGAGGCCGACCAACGCUUCAGCAACCAGACCGAAGUCGAGGCAAUCGCAAAGGCCUGCAUUGGUCAGCAGGAAGUCCACCAGGAACGCUGGCUCCAUGGGCGAAGGGCGAAGAGACGGCAUGACUCGCAUAUUUGCUGCGGCUGCGGACAUCCUGCGCGAAGCGACUCUCGCUGAUGGCUGCGCCUUGUUUGGCGCCACAGCAGAUAGUGGCCGUACACCGAACAUCAGAGCAACCCCGCACAAUCUGGACGGGGUGACGCAGAACCACACAGGGACAAUGUAUGGCCAGGCAUCACCAAGCUCAGACUCUGGAGGACAUGAGAACACGUCAGAUUCCGACUCGACUCCGGCCUCGAGACCCUGCAAGAUCCUCUCCUUUGCGGUUGCAGACGAGCAGGCUCGAGCCGGAAUCGAGACUGGUACUGCCUUGACACUCGCUACUCUAGAAAAGUACUUUGCGUUGUACCCGCAGGGCAAGACGUUCUCAUUCACCGAAGAGGGCGCUGGCAUAUCAUCUGAAGAAGAAAGUGACGCCGUUGCGAGUGCAACAGAAGCAGAGCCUUCGACAGUUUCAAACAGUGAUGGUCAGACUGCUGCAGGCAGAGGUCGGGUGCGCCAUCGACGGAUGGACCACAAAGAGCUUCUCAAGAAAAUACCCGGUGCGAAGACGGUCAUAUUCCUUCCCCUUUACGAUCACGCAGAGGAGAGAUUGAUUGCAGGUAUAUUUCUCUGGACUUCAGUAACGGGCAGGAUGCUUCAAGACUCUGACCUGGCAUACCUUCGUGCGUUUGGCAACUGCAUCGUGAGCGAAGUUAUUCGAUUAAACAUGCAGAGAAAUGAAGCUGCCAAGACGACCUUCAUUGCGUCCAUGUCACAUGAACUCCGCAGUCCACUUCAUGGCAUUCUGGGCGCAGCAGAAUUCCUGAUGGACACCGUGAAUGACUCCUACCAGUCCGGGCUCGUCACCUCUAUCGUCACCUGCGGUAGGACCUUGCUCGAUACGCUCAAUCACGUCUUGGACUACAGCAAGAUCAACAAGUUGGGCCGCACGCAAAUGCGGAGGCGGGCAAAACAGAACAAGCCGAUCAACUUGGCUUCCGACUCGACGCUGGAGAGCUUGAAUAUUACUGCCGACAUAGACCUCGGUAUUCUUGUGGAAGAAGUCGCCGAGGCCGUCACUGCUGGGCAUACGUUCAAGCGACUUCCAGACUCCGCUUCUCUCUCCAAUGCCCAACAGGGCGGGACAGCGGGAGAGCCAACUGACACGUUGACUAGCGCCAAUGCCUCUGGGCUGGCCGCUGGACAUGUUAUGGUACUUCUGGACAUAUCGCCCCGCCGGUCAUGGCUCGUUCGCAUCCAACCCGGUGCUUUGCGAAGAAUCGUCAUGAACUUGUUGGGAAACGCACUCAAAUAUACCUCCGAGGGGUUUGUAGCUCUCUCCCUACGAGCACAAGAGAGCGCAGACCACACACGAACAAAAGCGCUCAUCCGGAUCGUGGAUUCGGGCAAGGGCAUGUCGGAGUCAUUUCAGCGCGAUCGCCUUUUCGUUCCCUUCUCGCAAGAAGACCCCUUCCAGCCCGGUACAGGUUUGGGACUAAGUAUAGUUAAGCAGAUCGUCGAUUCUCUCGGUGGGAGAAUCGAUGUCAAGUCUGAACAAGGAGUAGGUACCGAGAUUGAUGUUCAUCUGAGCCUGCCAACGGCCACAGCGUCCAGUCUAGGUCAAUCAGAAGGAAACAGUAACGGCACCGCUUCCGGCGACUCACAGGAUGUUGUGGUCGAUCUUGAAAUGGUACGCAUUGAACAGAGGACUCGGGGUCGACAUCUCGUCAUUCUUGAUCCUUUUGCCACUAAACAGAGCCGACUGCCCACAAGUCCGUCGUCUAGAUUCACGCAAACGUUGCGCGAAAUCACCUCAAGCUGGUUUGGCAUGAGAGUGUCCCACAGCACCGAGAUGAACAUUGCAGACGCCGACAUUUAUGUUUUCUGUGAGCCUCCGCCCGUUGAGAAGUUACGCGAGCAGAAUCGUGUCAUGGAUGAACUGGCGCGAAACGGGAAGCUGGAGCGUGACGAGCGAGAAGUUCCUAUUAUCAUCGUGUGCAUGAAUGACCAAGACGCUGUCAACAUGACUCGGACUCAGCAAAACACGCUGCGCGAUUUGGGCCGGAUCGUCGAGGUUAUUCCGCAGCCCUGCGGGCCUCGUAAACUGGCCAAGACAUUUGACCACUGUCUUCGCAGAGCCGAAGAAGUGAGACAUGGGCGCGAGGAGUCCGGCGAGAGCGUCCCUACCUCGCCGACAAUCGACAAGGACAGCGAAGUCCCCCCACAGGACAAAGUUACGCAACAACAGCAACACCCAGCGGCGAGCGCACAAGCCGAAGAAAAGCCACGCCACAACAUGGACGACCUUCGGAAAACUGUCAGUGCCGCCGUGUCGUAUCCCAGAGCACCACCUAUUGAUCCUAGCACGCCCUCCCUACAGUCGCCCGAGGAGCAACAGAAUAAGCAACUCCGAGGUCCGUUGCAGGAACGCUCGAGACCGCCACUCGAUAAGAACGAUAGCGGCCGGACCAUCGUACCAGAUAAGAAGGGGCCGUCUCCUCACUUGCUCCUUGUGGAUGACAACAAAAUCAACCGCCAGCUGCUAGUCAUGUUCAUGAAAAGAUGCAACUUCACCUAUCGCGAAGCCGAAAAUGGCCAGGAGGCCUUGGACGUGUAUAAAAAAAGCGCUGCGCAAGCUCUUGUAGACGCGCCUUCGACGACGACAAGUCUCGACGAUCACGAUCAGAAAUCAGAGACAGAAAUCUCCAUCUCCGAACUCAGAAAAGACAGCACGUCGAGCAGCGGUACUCUUGACAGCGUCAAUACUAGUGCUAGUACGAGAAGUAAACCUGCUCCGUUCAAUUUUGUCCUCAUGGAUAUUAGUAUGCCGGUCAUGGAUGGCAUGGAGAGUACGAAGUGCAUACGUGCCUUUGAAAAGGAAUAUGGGCUAAAGAAGAGUACUGUUAUUGCCCUCACGGGUCUUGCGAGUGAGAAGGCGAGAGAGGAAGCUGAAACAGUUGGAAUCGACGUUUUUCUGCCGAAGCCGGUCAAGUUUAAGGAGCUCAGGACUUUGCUGGAAAUGGAGAGUCGAGGGGACGUGAAGGCUAGUGUGGCAUGAUCGACAGCGCGCAGAGCUGGUUGCAGAUGGAUACUUUCACGCAUUGCGAAGGCGUUCUGGACUUCUAUUGAUCUUAAAGAAGCAUGUGCUUGCAUUGAGCGAUUGGAUGCUCUCUUUUGGAAAAACCUGGAAUACAUUUGGGAAUGUACGGCACAUAACGGCCUUGUGGCGUGGCGUGGCGUGGCGUGGCGUGGCGUGGCGUGGCGUGGCAAUAGGGUCGGCGGUAGAGCUGCAGCAGCGGCUCAUAUUGCUCUAGGCGGACAUGCAUUCUAUGGCAACCUGAGGCAUGAUAAUGAUACCCGGAGACGAUGAUGCGGA